UAAAUUCAGGCACUCACCGCAGAUUUCAUUCAGACUCUCAGGUCACGCCAACUCCAGCAAAGAUGACAACAUACACAGACAAAGGCGAGAAGCAUGAGCUGGGCAGGUUCCUCUGCUUUGACCACAUAACGUUCUGGGUUGGAAAUGCAAAGCAGGCUGCGUCAUAUUAUUGUAACAAGCUUGGAUUUGAGCCGUUGGCUUACCAAGGUUUGGAGACGGGCAGUCGUGAAGUGGUGUCACAUGCAGUCAAACAAAGCAAGAUCAUUUAUGUGUUUUCAUCUGCCCUAAGUCCUGGAAACAAAGAGAUGGGAGAUCAUUUGGUUAAGCACGGGGAUGGAGUGAAGGACAUUGCAUUUACCGUGGAGGACUGUGACUUUCUGGUUCAGAAAGCCCGGGAGCGAGGAGCAGUCAUUAUAAAGGAGCCCUACACUGUGGAGGAUAAGUAUGGUAAAGUCAGGCUGGCUGUGCUGCAAACAUACGGUGAUACCACUCACACAUUUGUGGAAAGGACAGGAUACACUGGCUUGUUUCUCCCUGGUUUCCAUCCUCCUCUGUUCAAGGACCCCUUACUCGACAAACUCCCAAGUGGAAAUCUGGACUUCAUUGAUCACGUUGUAGGAAACCAGCCGGAUGAUGAGAUGGUUCCAGUGGUGGAAUGGUAUCAAAGGAACCUUCUCUUUCACCGCUUCUGGUCUGUGGAUGACAAGCAACUUCAGACAGAAUUCAGCGCCCUGCGCUCAAUUGUAGUAGCAAACUAUGAGGAGACUGUGAAAAUGCCCAUCAAUGAGCCUGCAAUGGGAAAAAGAAAGUCUCAAAUCCAGGAAUAUGUGGAGUACUACGGAGGUCCAGGAGUGCAGCAUAUUGCCAUGAGGACUUCAGAUAUCAUUACUGCAAUUCGUAACCUGAAGGAGCGUGGGAUGGAGUUUAUGUCUGUGCCAGAGACUUACUACAACCAGCUGAGAGAGAAGUUGAAACACUCAAAGGUCAAAAUCUCAGAGGACCUUGAUGUCCUGCAGGAACUAAAGAUCUUGGUGGAUUACGAUGACAAAGGUUACCUACUUCAAAUCUUCACCAAGCCGGUUCAGGAUCGCCCCACUGUGUUCUUGGAAGUCAUUCAGAGACACAAUCACCAGGGCUUUGGUGCAGGAAAUUUCAAGUCUCUUUUUGAGGCUAUUGAAGCAGACCAGCAUGCUAGAGGAAAUCUGACUGUUCUGACACCAAAUGGAGAUUUAAAGAAGAUGUAAACUCAGCGAUACAUUCAUUUAAGAACUCUGAAAAUGUGUUAUAACCAUAAGUUUCCUACAAAAAGAACACUAUUAAAUAUCCUGUUUAUUCCUUAGAAGUAUUAUACUGAUAACGUACUACAUUGUUUCUCUUAAGACUGUGAGAAAUACACAAAGCAUGUAUACUGAUGUUGUGUGUGUCUGUGCCCGAUGCAUAUUUUAUUACAAGUAAUUGUUCAUUUUAUGUCUCUCCCACUUUCGCAAAAAAUUACAUGAGUACAACUUCAAAUCAUAAUGCAGUGCUUCCAGUUUUUAUUAAACAUCAACAGGAAAACCAUUAUUAUUGACACAAGCUUGACUCAAGCAAAACAUCAUUUGAGCUCUCACAA